AUGCUUUCCUCGGUUCAAGUCCAAAGAAUUCAAGAAAACAACAACCUCAAAACCACCGUGAACCACCGCAAUCAUUCCUCUACCACCACUACCAUAUGGAGAGUUACACCGUCUAUUUACCUCCCCGAAUACCUCCACCACCACCACACUCACGCGGUGGGUCAAAACCAGUGUUCUUCCACAAUAACCUUGUCGAUCUCCGCCCCCAUGGAAACUGUCUGGUCGGUCGUCCGUCGCUUCGACAACCCACAGGCGUAUAAACACUUUCUUAAGAGCUGUCACGUCAUCGUCGGAGACGGUGACGUGGGAUCCGUAAGGGAGGUCCAAGUGGUGUCGGGGUUGCCGGCCGGAUCCAGCAUGGAGCGGCUUGAGAUCCUUGAUGAUGAACACCAUGUCAUGAGCUUCAGCGUCGUCGGUGGAGACCAUCGCCUGAAAAACUACCGGUCUGUCACCACGCUCCAUUCUUUACCGACGUGUGGCGGAAACACCAUCGUCGUGGAGUCGUACGUUGUGGACGUGCCGCCGGAAAACACCAAGGAAGAGACGUGUGUGUUCGUCGAUACCAUUGUACGAUGUAACUUGCAGUCACUCAAGCAAAUGGCUGAAAAUUUAACCCAUAAUUAG